AUGGAGGCGCCAGGUCCAUCCUUGAUGUGGAAGAAGGUUACUACUACGUCAGGAAAUGUUCCUAGAUCUAGGCAUGGGCAUAGAGCCGUUGCCCUUAAGGAUCUUAUUGUUAUAUUCGGCGGGGGAAAUGAGGCACUUUGUCAAUGGUUCCUGCCUGCUGUCCGUGGCGAUAUCCCCCCUGGCUGCGCUGCAUUUGGAAUGAUUGCCGAAAAUACUCGUGUAUUGAUGUUCGGAGGUAUGCUUGAAUAUGGAAAAUAUUCAAAUGAACUAUAUGAACUACAGGCGUCAAGAUGGGAAUGGAAAAGACUUAAGCCCAAGCCUCCAAGAAAUGGCCCUUCACCAAAUGCUCGCAUAGCUAAUCCUUAUUCUAUGAACAGAUACUUAAAUGAUCUGUAUACGUUAGAACUGAAGCCAAACUCAUCAGCUAUGUGUUGGGACAUACCUAUCACUUAUGGCCAGCCACCUUCCCCUCGAGAAUCGCAUACUGCUGUCGCAUAUCAGGUAAUGGAUGGUAUUGCAAAAAAAUGGCGACUUUUGGUAUACGGUGGAAUGACCGGAUGUAGAUUAGGAGAUCUAUGGCAGCUAGAGAUUGACACAAUGACCUGGAUGAAGCCUGUGGUUUCUGGUGACCCCCCAGCCCCAAGGAGCCUUCAUAGUGCAACCGUUAUUGGUAACAGAAUGUUUGUAUUUGGUGGCUGGGUUCCGUUGGUGAUGGAUGAUAUGAAAGUUACUGCUCAAGAAAAAGAGUGGAAAUGCACCAACACGUUGGCCAGUCUAAAUUUGGAUACAAUGUCUUGGGAGCCUCUUGCCAUGGAGGUUUUUGACGAUAGUUUGGUCCCUCGUGCCAGGGCCGGUCAUUGUGCCGUAGCCGUCCACAGCCGCCUCUAUAUAUGGUCCGGACGUGAUGGUUAUCGUAAGGCCUGGAACAACCAGGUCUGCUUCAAGGAUCUUUGGUUUCUUGAAACUGAUAGGCCUACUGCUCCGUCGCGCGUACAACUUGUUCGCGCCGGUACUCAAAGUUUGGAAGUUGCUUGGGGCAGCGUACCAACUGCAGAUGCGUAUAUUUUGCAAAUUCAAAAAUAUGAUGUGUCUUCAGCUUCGUCAGUAAAUUCUACCACGACUCUUACGCCCUCUCCUAUCGCCUUGAGUUCUGCAACACCAUCGCCUAUGCAAAGCCAAAUUUCCCCCGUAGACGUCAAGCCACAACAGCGCAUCACAGCACCUAUAUCCCAAGUAAGCCCAAAUUACAUAAGCCUUGCAUCUUCCUAA